UUGUCACCACAUCAUCAGUGAAUAACUCAAUUUUGUUAUACACACCAGACACGGAAUUUUCUACAGCUGCUGCAGUCAAAAAAUCAAUAGGAUUACGAACUCCGACGUAAGCAACGAUAUCAUUUUUAUAAAAUGCGCAAUAUGUUCUCUCAGGCAAAAGAAUUUUCCAUGUUAACCGGAUGCAUUGUUUUGCUGCUUUGCGGCUUUUCUGGAGUGCAAGGAUUUCAGACCAAGGAUAGCAUCUUUGCGGAUGUCCUGUUGUCAGAGUUAUUGAAUCGCAUGGAUAACGAUAUGCAGGUGGGAUACUAUGAUGUGGACAAUGAGGGGGAUUUGGCAGUAGCAGCUGCUGCCGCCGCCGCUGCAGAUAAGGAUAAUGUGGACUUAGUGGCCCGCUCGGAAUACGCUAGACUGUGCGACGGUGGCGCUGAUUGUGUUCUGCAGCAGGGAAACAGUAAUCCAUCGCUACGGGAUCAGGAGUUUCUUCAGCACAGUUCGCUGUGGGGCCAUCAGUAUGUAACGGGUGGUAUGGGUGAGGGCCAAAAUCGUUAUAACACCAUCGUCAAGACCGACGCCAGUUUGCCCGCCUACUGCAAUCCUCCUAAUCCCUGCCCCGAAGGCUAUGACAUGGAAACACAGGGCGGCAAUUGUAUCAGUGAUUUCGAUAAUACAGCUAUUUAUAGCCGGGAGUUCCAAGCUGCCCAGGAUUGCACAUGUGACAAUGAGCAUAUGUUUGAUUGCGUCGACCAGGAGAAUGGAGCUGGUGGUGAGGCCGACAAUAGCGAGAUGAAUGCUGCCGUUGAGAAAUUCUUGAUGCAACAAUUUGGUAAUGAUAAUGGACUCAACAAUGCCAACGGAGUGGUCAAGAAGUCCGCUCAUAUGGCCGGACUACAGAUGGAUGCUUUACCCAAUCCUUUCCUCCAAGUCGGGCCAGAUGAUCGUUUGCCAAUUGCUGCCAAAAAGGGCAAUAUGCUAUUCCAUUAAUCUAUAUCAAUCUUAAAUACGUUUUACAUCACAUAACAUAGAACUAAUGAAAACGUUAUGUGUCUAGACUCUAAAGUAUUAUCAUUGUUUAUUCUACAUGUUAUUCCUCAUGCAUUAGUAAAGCUCAGUGCAGCUUCCAAGUAUUUAAUAAAAUGGGCCACUACUUCACCUGUGUCUAAACCAAUAAAGUUAUUCAGAAUAAAUUAUGGCUGAAAGCCGAACACACAAAAAGAUUAAUUUUUAAACAUAAUUGUUAUUUCUCAUGUUUCCAACUAUUUAAUCCACUUCUAUAUCUAACUACGAAAGUUAUUCAAAAUAAUCGAUGGCCAAUCAAACAAAAGAACUUGAAGACGUUAUGUGUCUAGUAAUACCAUAGUUUAUUCUAAAUGUUAUUCCUCAUGCAUAAGUAAAGCUGCUAGGAGCUGUCAAUAAUC